AUGCGGCGGCGACAAACAAAGCGGGAAGUUUUCCACCUGUCAAGGAAGGUGACGUCCGUCGUCCCGGAGAGCUGCCUCCUCAUCCUGCUGGGGCUGGGCCUGGGGGGCAUCGUGUUGGCUGUGGCGAAGAAAGCCGAGUACCAGCUGGAGCCCAACAUGUUCUUCCUCUUCCUUCUGCCCCCCAUCGUCCUAGACUCGGGCUACUUCAUGCCCAGCCGGCUGUUCUUCGACAACAUCGGCGCCAUCCUCACCUACGCGGUGGUGGGCACGCUCUGGAACUCCUUCACCACCGGCGCUGCGCUCUGGGGGCUGCACCGGGCUGGGCUCAUGGCAGAUCCGGGAGUUGAAGCUGGGCUGAUGGAUUUCCUGCUCUUCGGCAGCCUCAUCUCAGCUGUGGACCCUGUGGCAGUGCUGGCCGUCUUUGAAGAGGUCCAUGUAAACGAGACCCUCUUCAUCAUCGUGUUCGGCGAGUCUCUCCUGAACGACGCUGUCACCGUGGUGCUGUACAAGGUCUUCAACUCUUUUGUGGAGCUGGGCCCAGCACACAUCCAUGCCACAGACUACGUGAAGGGGGUAGCCUCCUUCUUCCUGGUGAGCCUGGGGGGCACAGCCGUGGGGCUGCUCUUUGCUUUCCUCCUGGCCCUGAUCACACGGUUCACCAAGCGCGUACGUAUCAUCGAGCCGCUCUUCGUCUUCCUCCUGGCCUACGUCGCGUACCUUGCUGCUGAGAUGGUCUCGCUCUCCUCCAUCCUGGCAGUCACCUUCUGUGGGAUCUGCUGCAAGAAGUACGUGGAAGCCAACAUCUCCCAGAAAUCCCGCACCACAGUCAAGUACACCAUGAAGACACUGGCCAGCAGCUCAGAGACCAUUAUCUUCAUGUUUCUGGGCAUCUCGGCUGUGGACACCUCCAAGUGGGCAUGGGACACAGCGUUGGUGCUGGGCACCCUGUUCUUUAUCCUGCUCUUCAGAGCUGUGGGCGUUGUCCUCCAGACCUGCGUGCUCAACCGCUUCCGCCUCAUCCCCCUGGACAGGAUCGACCAGGUGGUCAUGUCAUACGGUGGCCUCCGCGGAGCUGUGGCCUUCGCCCUGGUCAUCCUGCUGGACAGGGCAAAGGUGAAAGCCAAGGAUUACUUUGUGGCAACAACCAUCGUGGUGGUGUUCUUCACUGUCAUUGUGCAGGGCCUCACCAUCAAACCCCUGGUGACGUGGCUGAAGGUGAAGCGCAGCGACCACCACAAGCCCACGCUGAAUGAGGAGCUGCAUGAGCACGCCUUUGACCACAUCCUGGCAGCGGUGGAGGACAUCGUGGGGCACCACGGCUACCAUUACUGGCGGGACAAGUGGGAACAGUUCGACAAGAAGUACCUGAGCCAGCUCCUGAUGCGGAAAUCUGCCUACAGGCUGCGGGACGAGAUCUGGGACGUUUACUACAAGUUAAACAUCCGUGAUGCUAUUAGCUUUGUCGAUCAGAAGAACAUCUCUCUGACCAGCGACGCACCCAAUGGGAAGACGCACAGAAACGUCCCCUGGCAGGAGACAGCUCCUGUCCUGGUGAUGGUCAGUUCAGAGGAGGAUGAGAGCGAUAGCUCGGAGACAGAGAGAGAGGACGAUGAAGGGAUUGUAUUCAUCGCUCGAGCCACCGAUGAGGUCCUGCAGGGAAAGACAACUCCUGGCAGCCUGGAUGUCUGCCCCAGCCCCUGCAUCAUCCCACCAUCGCCCACCUUGGCAGAGAAGGAGCUGCCGUGGAAAGGAGACCAGGCUGAUCUGGCUGUUUACGUCUCCUCGGAGACCACCAAAAUUGUGCCAGUGGAUAUGCAGAAGGCGUGGAACCAAAGCAUCUCCUCCUUGGAGAGCAUCGCUUCCCCCCCAGGCAUCGAGAGUGGACCUCAGCAUAGGAGAUUCGCCUGCCCUGUGCUGGAAGAGCAACCCCAGUCUGCGAGCCAGGCGAUGCCGGGGCAGAGCUCCUGCUUCCAGUUCCCCAGCCAUGUCUCUAAGGGUGGCCGGUCGCAAAGUGACAGCAGCCCGGAUGGCGCUGAGCAGCAGGAGCUGCAGCCUUUGAUGGCCACAGAGGAGCAGGGCAGGAUGCUGCCCACCACGGAGCCCAGAUGGCUGAUGUUCAACAGAGCGAGUCACCUCUGA